UCUAUAACCUCUACUCGACACCAUCAAGGUUGUGAUCAUUCCGCUCCAGUCUUGAUCUUUCUUCCUCCUCUAUUCCACCCUCAUCUCAGAUUUCACAAUGGCCACCAGCGUUCUCAGCGUCAAGUCUGGCGUCAUCUACGGAGAGGAUGUCAGGAAGCUUUUCAAGUACGCACAAGACAAGGUCUUCGCCAUUCCAGCCAUCAACGUGACCUCCUCCUCCACCGUUGUUGCUGCACUUGAGGCCGCCCGCGACGCCAAAUCUCCCAUCAUCCUCCAGGUCAGCCAGGGUGGUGCUGCCUACUUUGCCGGCAAGGGUGUUGGCAACAAGAACCAGGAGGCUUCCAUUGCUGGAGCCGUCGCUGCCGCUCACUACAUUCGCGCCGUCGCCCCUGCCUACGGUAUCCCAGUUGUCCUCCACACCGACCACUGCGCCAAGAAGCUCCUGCCGUGGUUCGAUGGCAUGCUCGAGGCCGAUGAGGCCUUCUUCAAGCAGAACGGUACUCCUCUGUUCUCCAGCCACAUGAUCGACUUGUCCGAGGAAUCGGUCGAGGAGAACAUUGAGACCACCGCCAAGUACCUCGAGCGUGCCGCACCCAUGAAGCAAUGGCUCGAGAUGGAGAUCGGUAUCACUGGUGGUGAGGAAGACGGUGUGAACAACGAGGACGUUGACAACAACAGCCUCUACACCCAACCCGAGGAUAUCUACAACAUCUACAAGCGCCUAUCGCCCAUCUCGCCAUACUUCUCCAUCGCCGCUGGUUUCGGUAACGUCCACGGUGUGUACAAGCCUGGUAACGUCAAGCUCCGACCCGAGCUCCUCCAGAAGCACCAGCAGUACGUCCAGGAGCAGGAGAAGACUGAGGAGAAGAAACCCGUGUUCCUCGUCUUCCACGGUGGCUCUGGCUCCAGCAAGCAGGACUUCCUGGACGCUAUCAGCUACGGUGUCGUCAAGGUCAACCUCGACACUGACCUCCAAUACGCAUACACCGAGGGUAUCCGAGACUACAUGGUCAACAAGAAGGACUACGUCAGCUCUCAAGUCGGUAACCCUGACGGCGAUGACAAGCCCAACAAGAAGUACUACGACCCAAGAGUCUGGGUCCGCGAGGGUGAGAAGACCAUGACCAAGCGUGUCAUCGUCGCCCUUGACGACUUCAACACCGCCAACCAGCUGUAGAUUACGACCGAAAAUCGAAGGAGUUGUUGAAAAGAAAAUUGGAGCAUUGCUUGAAAUCCGAAUGGCACCGAUGCAGGAUUCUUUGUCAGCGUGUUUAGCCUGAACAAUACCUUGAAUCAGACAAUUGGCGUGUAAGCUUCAAACAUGAAAUGACAAAUGGACAUGAUGUGCAGCUUUCGCUCGCGGUACGAGCAUGUAGUAGAGCGCAGAAUAUCUGACGUUCUUUGUGGCGACAAUCUCCCAUGCUGCUGACUAGGCAUACCGAAUCGACAACCCGAAUAAACGUCAAAACGGCGAGGGAGAUUCAUGCGGAGGAGCUACAGUGUAAGAUUGAUGGGUUGCCGGUCGAUGUUGCGUUGCAACCUGAUGUCUUCCCUAGUCUUUGGUAAAACGACAAUCGUCGAAUGGCAUAUCAAGUAGGUAGUUUAGGAAAUUCAAGCUUAGGAUCCGGUUUUCUCAUCGACCACCAACG